UUCAAUAUUCACUUCUUUUUGAAAAAAGCUUCUUAAAAAGUGCAUGAAAAACAGCGUGGUGAUGCAAGCUUUUUCGAAAUACCAAAACGGCAAGAAACCCAAGUCUUAUUAGAGUCACAAAGCAGCGUGGCAUUCAGUGAGAAAACAGCGUAGCUAGCGGCAUUCAUUCUGAAAAUAAAAAUAAAAAUGGGGAAUCGACGGUUCACUCUGGUGGCAUCCAGCGACGAAGAAGACAAUGCACCGCCUCUUCCCGAUUCUAAGCAGCAAUCUACUGUAACUGGCGCUGAAGAGAACCCUUCGAAGCAGCGGAGAAGGAAGAGAAUGAAGCUUCCAGAGGAAGAGGAAGAGGAAGAGGAAGAGGAGGAGGAGGAGGUUGACAAGAAAACGAAGAGGAAGCCGAAAGACAAGGAAGAGGAAGAGGAAGAGUCUGACGACGAAGAAGAAGCGCCACAGGAGGACGCUAAGCCCAUUGGCGAACCAGUUAGGGUUUCCGGAAAAGGAAGAGGCAGGAGGAAGCAUUUUGACUCCUUCGAGUAUGAUGGGAACCAAUAUACACUGGAGGACCCUGUACUUCUCGUGCCUGAGGACAAAGACCAAAAGCCGUAUGUUGCUAUUAUUAAGGACAUUGCACAAUCCCAAAAUGGUAGCGUGAUGGUUACAGGACAGUGGUUUUAUCGUCCUGAGGAAGCAGACAGAAAAGGUGGUGGCAAAUGGCAAGCAUGUGAUUCAAGGGAGCUGUUUUAUAGUUUCCACCGUGAUGAGGUUCCUGCAGAAUCUGUUAUGCAUAAGUGUGUGGUGCAUUUUGUUCCUAUACACAAACAGUUUCCAAAUCGCAAGCAACAUCCCGGGUUUAUUGUGCAAAGGGUGUAUGACACAGUAGAAAGGAAACUCUGGAAUCUAACUGAUAAGGACUAUGAGGAUAAUAAACAGCAAGAAAUUGAUGAGCUUGUUCAGAAAACUAUUCAAAAUUUGGGUGAAGAACUACUUGACAUCGAGGUUGAAGAAGCUGUUGUUGAUGAGGAAGAUCUGAUGAAAAGUAAUAGAAUCUUGAGGGAAAGGAGUAUUUCACCUCUCGAUGUUACAAGGGAGGAGGAAACAGCUCAUAAAAGCAACCAACCUCUGAAACCUGAAACACCAGGGAGUUCUGUAAAUAAUGCCUCGGAGCAUUAUCGCAUAUUGGUGGAUUUCAAUGUACUAACAGGAGAUACCCAUAGGGACAAAGGUUUGGAGAAGUUGCUUCAAAGUGUUCAAUACAUAUUUAAUUCUGAUGACGGCAUAAAGAAGGAUCACAGAGGAAAUGGCAAUUCUGAUGCAAUAAAAAAUGGAAGCAAUAACAAAAGCAUAGAAUUAGCAAAUGAAUACAAGGACAAGGUUCAGAAGAGUUCCAAGUCUUUCGUCUGGCCAGAUGUUGCUGUUCCAGCUGUAGUUGCUCUGGAGAAAGCUUCACAUGAUACUCUUUCAUCGGAUUAUCAGAAGUAUAACCAGAAGUUACGUCAAUUAGUAUUUAAUCUCAAGAAUAAUGCAUUGCUGGCACGCCGUCUACUAAAUGGAGAGCUGGAACCUUCAAGAAUAUUGAAUAUGACACCCAGUGAGUUGAAGGAGGGUUUAACUGCUGAGGAAAUAUCCAAGAAGGAGCCGGAUGAGUCACAGCACAUUCAGAUGACGGAUGCCCGCUGCUCAAGAUGCUCCGAGUCUAAGGUGGGCUUGAGGGAUAUUAUCCAUGCAGGACAUGGUGACCGAUAUCAGCUUGAAUGUAUUGCCUGUGGUAAUUCCUGGUAUGCCUCACGUGAUGCGGUGUCAGUGCUGACUAUUGAUGCAUCUGAUUCAAAAAGAAGUGUAGGCGCAGCGCCAUGGGCCACAGCAAAAUUUGAAGAUGUUGAGAAGAAGCUGGUGAGUCCCCGUGAAUCUGCAAAGUCGGCCAAUGACAUCUUUAAGAAAACUAGCGAAACAUACAUGCCUGUUUUGGACACCAAGAAAUCAUUUGGCAAGUCGAGGAAAGAUGAAAACGCUGAAGCUACAAAACAUGCUGACUAGGAAUAUUCUACCCUACCCCGUAUAGUAUUUAGUUUAAGGAAAAUCUCUUUUUCUUUUGGUCUGGUUGUAGCAAAGGAUUGAGCUUAGUUUUCUUCCAGUUUGAUUGUGCAUACAAUAAGCCGUUGGCUUUCCGUAUAGCUUUAACUAGACUAAUGGAUUUUUAUCUAUACUUUACAUAUAAUGUUACAGAAAUGCCAGCUUAU